AUGAUAUCCAACACGGAAAUAACAGUUCAUAAACAAUCGCAAAAUAAAUCGAAAACGUACACGUUUGACGGAGUUUUCGGUCCGUCGGCGACACAGAUAAACGUGUACGACACGGUGCUUAGCCCGCUGAUGACGGACGUCAUCAGCGGGUAUAAUUGCACGGUAUUUGCGUACGGACAGACCGGCUCCGGCAAAACAUAUACCAUGGUGGGUAAUCGCGCGAACGAUCCAACGAUGCAUUGGCAGAGCGACACGUCCGCCGGCAUGAUACCCCGUUGCCUAAGCCACCUUUUUGAUAAGCUGCAGCUCCUGGAGAACCAGAAGUACACCGUCCAGGUAAAUUUCCUGGAGCUGCAUAACGAGAAGCUGAUUGACCUGCUAACGGACGGCAACGACAUGCCGCCUAAACUAAAGUUGUUCGUGGACCAGAAAAAGAAAAACUCGGUCGUUGUUCACGGCCUGAAGGACGUGACUGUCCGCAAUAAAGCCGAGAUCUACAAGAUUCUCGAGAAGGGCUUGGACAGACGGCAGACCGCGGCGACGAUGCUGAACCGGAACUCGAGCCGCUCGCACACCUUGUUCUCGGUUACAAUCCAAACGAAGGAGAACACCAGCGGCGGCGAGGAGCUGGUGAAGACGGCAAAAUUACACCUGGUGGACCUGGCCGGCAGCGAGAACGUCGGCAGGUCCGGGGCGGUCGAUAAAAGGGCGCGGGAGGCCAAAAGCAUUAAUCAGUCCCUGCUGACUUUGAACAAGGUAAUAACCGCCAUCGCGAACAAGGCGUCCUACGUGCCAUACCGUGAAUCAAAGCUCACCAGGCUGCUGCGAGAGUCGCUAGGUGCAGGCCAAACGAAAACCUCAAUGAUCGUGACCGUCGCGCCCACGAGCGAUAAUUUCGAGGAGACAGUGUCAGUGUUGAAUUACGCCAUCCGGGCGAAGAACAUUCUUAUUCGUCCCAAGAUCAAUAAUCAGAUCUACAAGAGAACGCCGCUGAAGGCCGACACCAAGGAGACCGUUCAGGAGAAUUCUGGCGAUGCGGUGGAGGAAACCACUGCUGCCGGAACCAGCGGGGUUGGCGGCGGGGUUGGCGGCGGGGUUGGCGGCGGCGGCGGUGGCGGUGGUACCACGACGAAUCCAAGCGACGCCGAGUUGCGCGGCGUUCCGGAGAAUCCCGGCGAUGCGGUGGAGGAAACCACUGCCGCCGGAACCAGCGGGAUUGGCGGCGGCGGCGGUGGCGGUGGUACCAGUAGCGAGGCCGGCGACGUGGACGACGAUUUCUUAGAAUAUCCGGAUAUCUUCGCCGUGGUUAAGGGCGCUAUGACGCCGGGCAGGCUAAAGUUAACCGAUCAGCACUUGAUCUUCAAGAAUCAAAAGACGGGAAAGGUCAAACAGAUCUCCGCCUCUGAUAUGGAGAUGGUGAACUACCAGCAGUUCAUUGGGACCUGGGGCUUGCGUAUCUUUAUGAAAAAUGGCACUCGGCAUCGCUUCCGAGGCUUCAAGAAAGCCGAUCAGGACAAAAUUACUAAGUUCUUCUCCAUCAAUUAUAAGAAGGACAUGUUGGAGGAGAAGCAGAGUGUGAAGGGCUUUAACUGCGGCACCACAUAGUUCGACGGAUCUGUCUUGAGCUUCAACGUCGGUCAUCAAACCGCUUUUGAAAUACCAUUGUGCUACGUGUCACAAUGUGACACGGGAUAUCCUAUCACAUUGGAGUUCCAUCAGAAUAACGACGCUCCGGACAGUCUGAUGGAGAUGGUGACGACGAGGUUUUACAUUCCCGUUAGUACCAGCGCCGAUCAAGAUUCCGUCGAGGCGUUCCAUCAACAGGUGAUGCAUAAGGCAUCCGUGUCCGUGAACAGUGUGAGCAGCGACGCGAUUGCUAUUUUUGAAAAAAUACUGUGUAUAAUGCCGCGUGGUCGUUACAACAUCAAGAUCUUCCAGUCCUUCUUUCAACUGUACGGCACAAAGAUGGACUAUAAAGUACCAAUAGUUAAUGUACUACGAUUCUUUUUACUUCCGACCAAUGAUAUUCAACAAAUGUACUUUAUAGUGAGCUUACAUUGUCCUAUAAAACGAGGCCAAACACGGUAUCACUAUUUGGUACUCCUUUUAGAUCAAAAUAAAGAUAUUGAAAUUGAAUUGCCAUUUACUGCGGAGGAAUUAAAACGAAAGAAGCUGACUAAAAAAUUAUCUGGACCAACGUACGAGGUGUUUGGCAAGAUAAUGAAAUUUAUAAGCAACGACAAAAAAUUAAUUGGCCCAAGUGGCUAUAUGAGUCAUAUAGGGACACCCGCCAUUAGUUGCUCCUUUAAAGCUGAGACAGGAUAUUUAUAUCCGCUCGAGCGAGGUUUUAUCUACCUGCACAAACCUCCAAUACAUAUCUGUUUUGAAGAGAUAGACUCAGUAAACUUUGCGCGUGUUGACGCGUUGUCGACAAAAUCUUUUGAUUUUGAAAUCGAGCUUACGAGCGGAGUGGUGCACACAUUUAGCAGCUUUGAGAAGGAAGAAUAUGGUAAAUUGUUAAAUUUUACCACAACAAACAACGUGCGUGUCAAAAAUCGCGGCAAGAGCGACAAACUCAAUUACGACAAGGACUUCGGUGACAGCAAUCAGGAGGACGAAAUUAAAAAACAAAAAGAAAGAAGAAGACGAAGUCGU